AUGCAAAACAAAACACCAAGACUACAUGCGACUGCUCUAUCUGUAGGUUUAAAGAUAAACACACAAAAGACAAAGAUAAUAAGCCUAAAUGAAAAAAAUAUAGAACAACCAAUAACACUUAAAGGAAAUAAAAUAGAUGAAGUUGAAAAUUUUACCUAUCUUGGCACCAAUAUCAGCCAGGACAAUGGAACUAGCAAAGAUUUAAUGGCAAGGAUCAACAAAGCCAGAACUUCUUUCUGCAGACUACGAACAGUAUGGAAAACAACAUCAAUAUCCAGGUCCACAAAAAUCAAAAUCUAUAAUAGCAAUGUGAAAUCAGUUUUGCUAUAUGGUGCAGAGUCAUGGAGGGUUGUCAGAUCUGACUUCAACAAGCUAUCAUCAUUCAAUAAUACAUGUCUUCGUAAAAUUUGCAAGAUCUUCUGGCCAAAAACCAUCAGUAAUAAAGACCUCUACAACCUAAUUUUACAAAGAGACAUCAGAGCAGAAAUUAAAGAAAGGCGAUGGAAAUGGAUUGACUAUGUUUUAAGAAAAGACAAAGAUGACAUUACAAAGAUAGCUCUUCGUUGGACACCAGCAGAGGGGAAAAGAAAGAGAGGGAGACCUAAAGAGACAUUGCGACGCACAAUAGAGAGUGAACUGAGAAUCAUAGGAAUGACAUGGGGAGAAGCAGAAAAAAAGGCACAAGACAGGUAA